AUGAUUAAGUUAGGCAACCUAUUGUAUGUCGUUUUAUUUGCGGGAGCGCACUACGCUGCUGGCGCUCCCAAUUCUGGCUACCAGUACAGCCGAGAAGUGAACGCGUGGCUGCGCCUGCACAUGGUGCCCGCCACCUGGGCGGAGGCGGGCAUGCGCUGCCUCCUCGAAGGUGGGACCUUGGCUUCUCCCACGACCAAUGCCAUGGCCCAGGUGAUGGUGGCCAUGAUGGAUGACCACAAGCUGACUCGCAGCGUGUUCACCGGGAUCAACUCCAUUCUAGUCAGGGAAAACUUCACGUCUCUUGAAGGAGUGCCGCUGUCAUCUAUUCCGGUGGGCUGGGCCGCCGGUCAGCCGGAUAACGAAAAUUCGGACGAGGAAUGCGUGGCGCUGACGGGCGCGGCCCAGCUGGAAGACGUGAGCUGCGGGAGCAUGCUACCAUACUUCUGCAAGAAACCCAGCAAGAGCCCUAACUGCGGGGAUGGAGAACAUGAGUACAAUAUGGUGUCUCGUACGGGCAGCUGCUAUAAGUUUAACCGAGAACCGAAGUCCUGGCGUAAUGCCCUGGCCACCUGCUACGCCCAGGGGGGAUACCUGGCCAUCAUCAACAGUAAGACUGAGUCCACUGUGCUCAAGGAAAUACUGGCCGUUGAAAAAAAAGGUGGAUAUACCUAUGUUGGAUUCAUGAAAUACGCUGAUGGCGUGUGGGCUACAAUAAAUGGUGAUACGCUCGCCGAGGCCGGAUUCCAAGAGUGGGCCCCACAAGAACCCAACAACGCCGCAGGAAUUGAAACCUGUGGCUCCAUUUUUGCUAGCGGACUUCUCAACGACGCACAAUGCGUGGAUCCACGCGCAUUUAUGUGCGAGUUUACCCUUUAA